AUGUCAAACGGGAUCAGGCGGACAGGAAGCGUAUCAGACUCCGAGCGAGAUCCAGUGCUACGGCGGAAAGUAGGCGAUCUUACCAGGAAGCUCGACGCCAUGACGCUCAAGUAUGAUACGCUCAAGGAGACUGCCUCGUUAGGGAAGGAAUCGAACUUUGAGCAGCUAAGGAAGAGCACAGAGCAGAUUGCGAAGGACCAAGACGCAGUCAUCAAAGCUCUUAAGCAACAAAAUUCAGAACUCCAAUCACGCACAUCCGACCUCGCCGCCGUAAAGAAGGAACUCGCUCAACUCUCGAAAGAAAACGCGCGCCUCAAUACUGAAAAUAAGAAACUUGCAGAUUCGCUAGCCGCUGCACAAGGCGAGAGCAAGACUCUCUCCAACAAGCUUGCAGCAGCCCGCGCAGCCCCACCAGAGCCCAAAAACGUACCAGGCAGCGCAAUCAAGAACCGAUCAAAUGGUGUUGUGCUUCCCGGCGCGGCGGAGACAGCAAAGGAAGCUCAGCUAGCAAAGCAAAAAAUUGACUUGUACAGCGAUCUGACGAAUCUUGUUGUGCUGGGUAUGAAGAGAAAUGAGCACGAGGAGGAUGUUUACGACUGUUUACAAACAGGUCGGAAUGGAACAUUACAUUUCCACCUUACGGUAGUGUCCGGCAGCGACUCUUACGAAGACACCGAGUUCAUCUAUCAGCCCCUACUCAACGAGCAGCGCGACAAAGAGCUCCUAGACCUAUUACCGGAUUACCUUACAGAGGAGAUAUAUUUCCCAAGGGGACAGGCGGCCAAGUUCUACUGCAAGGUUGUUGAUAGCAUGAGUAAGAGGAUUGUUCUAGAGGACGAAUAG